GUUGAAUCUCGAAAGAAGGCCGGUCCCAGUAUUUUCAAAGAACGCAUUUUUCGAACAUUGUUUUUGAAGCGUUUCUCGAACAGUCGAUCGGAAGCUUUUGCGUUUGUGUAGUUGGGUUUCCUUGGUUUGGGAAUAAAUAUUACCUUCACAUCACGUCAGUUGGUUGAAAUAUAAGUGGUUGAUAGGCAAGCCCGCUAUAUAUUCCGAAUGUGUAGGCCCAGGGCAUCCAUUCCCUCUAUUACUAGAGCAGGAAUAACGCCAUCCGGACCUGCAGACUUGUAUCUAUGGAAUGAGGUAAAUGCCCAUUUCACCCGCUCUCGUGAAAUCAUUUUGCAUGCCAAAGUCCAAUCUUCCGGUUGAGGGCUGUAUGUGUCUGUCGACCACGAGAUGGGAUUUUGGAUGCUGUCUGGGAAGUGCAUUUCAAGCAAAUGGUUUGCCAUUUCCUCAUCGCUUUCUUUGUACCUCCCGCUUUGUAAAGGUAGGUAACCCACCUUCUGGCUACGUUCUUUGAGAAGGAUCCGCUUUAGUUUUGAGGUAGCCUCAAGAGAAUUGGUCUCUUCGCAAAAGCUUCUCCGUAACGAUCGUGUGGCCGACCUUAUGUUUUUUUCUUGGAAGCCUUUUGAGUCUCAUUGUAGCGAAUCCAGCAGAAUCCGGCUGAAUAAGACUUUAGAGCUCGGUUGAGGAACACCCUUAUCGUUUUCCUCUGUUUCGUCGCUUUUUGCCAAUGACGUGCAAAUAAGAUGGCUUGAGUGUUUGGGAUUCCCAAAUAUGGAAAUUUAUGUAAUCAUAUUUUUUGGUAGGCGUAAAUUUCCUAGCUUUUCAAAUUUUCACCAUUGUGACUACGAAGGCACCCUUGAAUAAAUAUACAUAGUGACUUCACCGGCACAAUUUUGUUUGAUCGAUAUUUUUACUGAUUUAUUUUGACAACGAGAUUUUUUCGAAUUCCUAUAAACAAAUUUGUAUACUAUAUUUAGUGGAAUUCAUCAUCAAUUUGCUGUGUGAAUUCAGUUUGCAUCUUAGUUCAAGCAUUGUUUAAGUGAAUUCCGAUGGAUAACGCAACAAGGGCCACUCUCUCCAAAGGGGACUUGAAAAUACUUCAAACUUAUGAAUUUGUUAAACGAACCGAUGAAAGGGCCCUACGGCGGAAAAUUCAAGAUUUGGUGGACUUGGCAAAACAAGUUCGAAAGGAAGAGUUGGCUGAGAAAAGAGAGAGAUUAAGAGAACUCCUGGCAAAGGAAGAAAGUGAAUUUGAGCAGGAAUACAUGGCAAUUGUUCAGGCUAAAGUGCAUAAUGACAUACUAGAGAGACAAAAUCGUUUAAUGGAGAUUCAACGGGAACAUGAUAGGGAAAAUGAAGCAGCGGUUCAGUUGAAGAAAGUUCAACAAUAUAUCAAUAACUGUGAUGAUAUUCGCCAUCAUCUUCGUAAGAAUAUGUUGAAUGAUACCAAGUGGUGUCAAUUGCAACAAAUUGAAGAAAAGCGACGUAAAGCGAUUGAAGAUCUAGAACACGAGCGUGUUUGGGAGGAGGUUGCUAAAAAGCAGAGUGACGAAAAGGCACGAAUCGAGGAAUGCAAAGAGCUAGAGAGGAAGAAACGAAUUCUAGAUGACCAAAAAUUCCUUAACCAUCAAGUGCUGGAAGUCAGGUGGAAUCAGGAACAAAUGAGACAAGAGGAGUUGGAGGCCCGUUUGAAGGCCGAAGAAAAGUUGAAAGCGGAGUUAGAGUUGGAAAGACGGGCUUUAGCUGGCGAAGCUGGUAGAAAGUUGCAAAAAGCGAAGGAAAUUCAGGCGGAACUUCUGGAGGCAAUGGAGGUGAAAAAGAAACGUAUGCAAGAUGAAAUCGCAUUCGAUCGAAUGUUCCAAGAAGCUAUUGAUGCGCAAUAUAAGCGAGAGCAAGAGGAGCUUGCUGCAAAAGUUAAUAAGUUACGUGAGGCAACCUUGACAUAUUUGAAUUAUCUUCGCGAACUGAAAAAGGAAAGAGCAAUGAAGGAUUAUGAGUUUCAAAAGGCAUUACGGGAUUUUGAAAUUAAAGCGAAUGAAAAGAAAGAUAAACAGUGGAGGGAGAGUAAGGAAAAGAAAGCAGCAGUAGCAAAGAAAGCACAUGAGGAACUCUUAGCACAGAUUUGUGAGAAUCAAAUCCAAAAGAUGAAAGAAAAAGAUCUCGAAUGCCUUGAAGCACAAAAAGCUAAUGAAAGAUGGGAAUGCGAAGUUCGUAGAGAUAUAGAGAAACAGAAACAACGCGAGGAAUUUGCUAUGAAUUAUGGGAAGGAGUUGCAAGAGCAAGUUGCUGCCAUUAGAGCGUAUAAGGUUGAACAGGAGAAAUUAUUUGAAGUAGACCUUGAUAAAGCUAAGCAAGACGACGAAUUUUGUCAGUCAUUACUAGCGAAAUUCAUGAGUGGCGAAGCGAACUACCUUAGAGCCCAUCCCAACUGGAGCUUGCUCAAAUGUUCUUGUCUGGAAAAAUAAUUUUGUAAAUGUGGAAGAUAUCAUGAGUUGUAAACAUAUACAAAUCUGUAAGUAAGGACCAGAAAUCGCAUACAAUUUUUAUACAAUUUGUAACAUUUAUUAGUACUUAUGCCUUAAUAAAAUCUACACAACAUACCCCAAUAAAAGGGGCUAAUA